AUGUCUUACCCAGACUAUCUUGAUGACAUGGAAUCUCAACUCGCCAGCUACUUAGGCGAAGAUCCAUCGACAUUCUUCUCCAAUGAGAAUCAGACUGCUUCCGCUCCCGUAGAUUCUGUAGAAGAGUCAUCCUACGACACGAAUGGCCGCUUCACCUGGGACGACUUCCUCAAGGAAGAGGGAAUCGAAACAAACUCUCCUCCUCCAGCCACCUGGGAAUGGAAUCCAACAGAGGCAGAUUUCUACAAGAAUGAAAUUGUUGCGCCUCCAACGGUCGAUGAGACUAACCCUGAAGAACCAGCGCAGUCAUCAAGACGAGAGGAAGAGGCUGGCACCAAUGUCGAAAGCGGCAACACCAAUGGGCAGCUGGUUGCAACAACUUCCAAGCCUGAGCUUCAACCGGAAGAAAACACGACCAUCCCUAACGAUGACUCUCUCUUCGGCGAAGACAAUUCCGACAAACUUGUGUCUCCAAUGCCAAAUACCGGAAACAAUUCGAACGUUCAAUCUGUUGCCGCGGACGACCAUCCUUCAAACUCCCUUGAGCUAGAGCAAGAGGAGAACAUCGACAAUAAUGACAAUGAUUCUCUUUUUGGCGACAGCACUCCUGACGACAACGGCGUUCCAAAGAUCAAUGAGGAACAUCAAUCCAAGGUCGUAGCACAAGAUGCCAACCGCACUCCCGAAUUUGUGGCUGAUAGACCAAAACAUGGCGACAAUGCUGCUUCUGCACCGAUUACUCCAGGUGCAGAUCAAAACAACACCAAUGCGGAUAAUGAAAAUGAUUCCCUGUUUGGUGAAGUCGAUGAUUCUGGUCUCGGUGACGGCUCCCAGCCCCCACAGAAUGAAUCGCCAAGAGGUGACAAUGCACCAACAGAUAAUGUGGAUGACCUUUUCGGCUCAGAAUUUGGGGCUGACUUUGAGGCGGAACUUGCGGCGGAACUUGAGGCUGAACUGAAGAAAGACAGCACCAAUGCUGUAGCUCCCGCCGUUCAGAAGCACACUGAGCUUCAUUUUCCAAAGCCUCCUCGGAGGGUGGCCAAAUCUCAGGGUCUACAUCUUCCAGAUCCUCCACGUGCUAUCGCUAAUCCUCAGGGAUUACACCUCCCUGCACCUCCUCGGAAGUCGGUUGCUUCUCAAGGACUGCAACUUCCAGAUCCACCACGUGCGGUUGUCAAUCCUCAGGGACUGCACCUCCCUGAACCCCCACGUGCUGUGGCUAGCUCGCAAGGGCUCAGCCUCCCUGCCCCUCCUCCUCGUGUGGUGACCGGCCUACAGGGGCUCCACCUACCAAGUCCGCCUUCGGCGACAGGUACACAGCAAAGCGAAGUCGAUACAUCGGCUCCAGAACAGGCUGAUAGCCAAGAAGAUGAAACUUCAAACAGGCGCCGCAGGGUUAGAACUAGCAGGAUUCCGAGAUCGGACAUGAGCCGACCAAAAGGCAGGGGACAAGCAGGCAAAAUCCUUACUCAACUCUCUGGACCAGCUCCUUCUAAGUUGCCAGAAGUUGCACCAAGCUCGUCUUCUGGAACUGAUGAUGCCGCUGAGAGAAUUACUCGUUUACCUCGAUGGGCCUUUGGUAAAUACACCAGUUUUGGCAAACCUGUAGCUGGCAGCAGAUAUCAGAAGCCUAAUAACUCGGCGAAUAACCCGAUAACUGUCGAAGAGGAGCCGCAAUCUGUUGAGGAGACCAAGAAAGUCAAUCCUGAUAAUCAGAAUGUUGCUCAACCAGCUCCGAAAAUCCCAGACGCUAUCGACCUCACGUCUGAUACUCAAGGAUCCUUGUCUGCGGCGGGUACCGUUCAGGACAAUCCAACUUUCGAUCAUGCUAAUGGUCAAGAAUCUACUCGUACUUACCAGAACUCCCAGAUCCCUGCCUUUGGCAAUGAAUUGGAAUUCAUAUAUGGCGAUGACCCGUUGCCAAAUUCUCGCGACGAACUGAGCUUUCCGCCGGUUAUGAAUGAUGCAGGCCCAGCUCUGCAACUACAGGCUAAUCAGUCUCAUACUUCCGCGGCUCUGGACAUUGUAUUACCUGUAGCUCCUCAGUAUGGGGUUCCUCCUCGUCCUGCAAUGGAGGACUUCUCGCUGUAUGGAAAAGAUCCAUUAGUCUUCAGCUACAAUAGCCAUCCAGUGCAAAUGCCUAGUGUGCAUGUUGUAGGCACAGUUGCGUAUCCAUAUGCCAUGGGACAGACCGAUGCACAUGACUAUCACCCUAUACCUCAGCCAAUUCAGACUGGCAACUAUGAACAAGGAAGCGGGUAUGGUCUAGGCGAUGACAUGGGUCAAGACACCUCUGCAGAAAUAGGAGGUAGCAGUUCCUCAGGACUGGACAAUAGUCGUCCCAAGAAGCGUACUAGUCAUGAAUGUGCCGAGUAUGCUGACCCUCGAGUCUUAAUGACGUACGGCGAAUUCAAGCAAAUAUUUCCACAAGAACAAACACGUGGAUGUUUCGAAGUCGCCAUCCAGAAUGAACAGGCAGCAGACGCGGCAAUAGUUGCCAGGGGAGGAAUUCCUCCUCAGAGACCGACCAUCCGGAAGUCGAUAAUUUGCACCUGGAGCCAGGUGCAACAUCUCAAUCGAAUCCGUGCUGCCAAUGGCGAAAAGCUUUUCGAACCCAAGCGGAAUGCCCAUAAACGACCGGAAGCGUUCAAAGAGAGCUUGAGGAGGAAGAGACAAGAACGUGGUGAAAUCUCAGAAUCCGAUGAAUCCGACACGGAACCAGAGGCAAAGCGAUUGAGACUCGCUCAGGAACCAACGCAAAUGGCACCAUCACUUGGUGAACAAUACGGAGAACGUAGUUCGCAGAUACGUUCUAUUAAGCCUGAUAAUCCGCAAGUAUCGGCUGAUGUAUCGCAUCUUCCUCCCAACGAUGGAGCACUUCAGGGCUCUGUAUCCCAGGGUAGGCCUGGUAUCUCGCUCCCACAGAUCCACCAGUCAAUGUCACAGUCUUUCAAGAGAAAGAUGGAUACUGAACAGUGGGCGGGUCUUGAUUCUGUGGUGCAGGAAACGGUUCCAACGGCCAAGCGACCGAAACUUGCCAUAUCUUCAGGACAACAUGUUGAGCCUACAAAUAACCAUUCAAGAAUGGACGGGUUUCAAAAGUACGUCUCAGAAAGACAGUCUGAAUAUCUGAAGCUGCGAGUGCCAGAAUUAAGGGAGCUGUGUAAGACUCGCAAGGUCAAACAUAGCAAUGUCAAUGACUUGUCGAAAGGCGGUCUGGUGGGUGUUCUGGUGGGACAGGAUGUAAGCCGCCAUCCUGUUUACAACCAAAUGCACAGUCAAUCCCAGGCUAGGUUUGCAACCAAUCGGGAACAUCCGAUUCCUGCUGUUAGCAGAAUGGGUGGAAUGAACGCACCAGCCGUUGCUGUUAAUCGCGCUCGACAACAAAUCAGAGCACCAGAUGGCUUGGGAAUGCGCCAGGAUCCACCCAGACCUAAUUUUGAUCCUUUCUAUGCCAUGGGGAGCAGUUAUCGUCAGCAAGGUUCAUUAUUAUUCCGCCCUACUGCUAGCCACAACGCAGAUGGCCUUAGAGUUGUAGGGAAUGGUAACACUGCCCAGCCAUCGAGGAAUGUUGGUCGCGCCCAACAGUUACCGAUGAGUGGUAACGUUCGUGGCUUGGCCAAUAGUAGUGGUCAACCACUAGUCAAUACCAGACAGCCUCCAGUAAUUAGCCAGCCUAGUCAUGUCUCUAUGGCAAACCGAGACCGGGGAAAUCUGUACGCUCAAUCACGACUGCCAGUCAGCACUCACAACAAUGGUUACAACAAUAGCGGCAUCCAUCAAGAUAUAAAUGGAGGCCGCAAUAGCCAUGCCGGCGCCAACGCUCAGAUCCCAGCUUAUGGUAUCGCUGGUGAUUUUGGCACUGGCAUUUAUCAGCCAGCAGUUGAUGACCGUCGGAGAAAACCCAGAAUUGUGGGUCAAGAUGCACCACGCAGAGUUCCUCGAGGCAAUCAGAGGAGCUUAACACAGUCUGUAGUGAACGUGCCACAACCUGCGAUGAACAACAGCGCAAGGCAAUAUACUAGCACUCAACAGCCCAUGGUUGGCAGUGCCAGUGGGAAUAUUGAGAUGGGCCAUCAAUCAAAUACUCUUGGUGGCUCUCAAAUACCAAGACCCGUCCACCAUGGAAACGUGGGAGGCGAUCCCCGAAGGUUCGUGCAGAACCAUCCUCAAGGUGGCCUCUACUCGGCCCCUAUGCAAGGUCUUUCUUGGGGGCCCAACAGCAUGGUGCAGCUCAAAGUUCUCGGCCACCUUACUACGGUCUGCCUUAAGGUGAUCUAUUCAAUGGGCAGCAUUCUGGUCCUGCAUCACCGGGCUGAGCUAGAGGGACCGUGGAAUGGAUUAGGAACAGAAUAUCUUUUUGCCAGGGAGAGUACUGCAGCAAAGAGGAUGUGCGGGCUCUGA